GGCCACUUGACAGAGGUAAUGGCGAGCACUAGAGAGCGCUAGGCGGCGGACAUAUUGGGGAAGACACAGCACCUGGAAGUAGAGUGGAUAUACUGACCGCUCCUGUGGCGAGAUGACGGUGUGCGCCAUGUUCGGCUGUAAGAAUCGCAUGCACAAGGGAUGUGGGAAACACUUCUUCAGGUUUCCCAUGAAAGACCCAGAACGUCUCGCUAAGUGGAUUGAAGCUGUCCAGAGAGAUGAUUGGAAACCCUCCAUUCACAGCAAAGUCUGCAGUGACCACUUCACGGAGAAAGACUACAUGAUACGUCCUGGUGCUGCCUGUCCUUACUUGCGUAUGGAUGCUGUACCCACUCCCAUCUAUCCUAUCCAACGGAAGAAAAAGACUAAAAAGAGAAAAUAUACCAAGAAAACAGCAAGUGAAAAUUCAGAACUCAAGGAAGUGAAGGGUGGGGAUAUGACUCAGGAGACCCCGAGUGAGUGUGGUGGGAACCGCAGCCGUGGGGAGGAAAUGGAAACACAGAGUGAAGUGAAAGUAAUAGAAAGACAUGUCGAAAAGCAGGGAACUCAGAUGGAGGAAGGGGCACAGGGCAAGAAUCAGACAGUGGAGACAUCGCAGAUAAAGAGUGAGGAUGGAACACAGGCAGUAGAUAAGCAGGUUGAGAAGCAGGUGGUGGAAUUGCAGGUUGAGAAGCAACCAAUAGACUUGCAGGUUGAAAAGCAGGUGAUGGAAUCACAGGUUGAGACCCAGGAGGUGGAAUCUCAGAAUGAGAAGCAGGCAGUGGAAUCACAGGUUGACAAGCAGGUGGUAGAAUCACAGAUUGAGAAGCAAGCAGUAGAAUCACAGGUUGAAAAACAGGUGUUGGAAUCUCGGGGUGAGAAGCAGGAGGUGGAAUCUGAGGUUGAGGAGCAGGAGGUGGAAUCUGAGGUUGAGGAGCAGGCAGUGGAAUUGCAGGUUGAGGAGGGAAGAAAAAAUGAGGCGCAGACAGUUGAAGUACAAGGAGGGAAAAAUGAGGAGGAAACACAGGACAAAAAGCAGAUUGCAGAAGGGCAGGAAGAGAAGCAGGUAAUGGAAAUAAAGAACAAGAAGAAUGGGGAGAAAACACAGAGUGAGAAGCAGGCCGAGGAAGGUCAGAGUGAGAACGUAAAGGCAGUAGCAACGAAUGAGCCUCAGGUAGUAGAAACUCGGGGUGCAAAUAUGGAAUCAGAAACCUACGAUGAUCAGCAGGAAGUGGAUGCGCAGGUAACAGAAGGUGAAAGGGUGGAAACAACACAACCUGCUGAUAAGCAAACGGUGGAGGCAAGGGGCAAGAAGCAGGGGACAGGGGCACUGACUGGGAAUCGUUUACCAGGCAUGACAGUUGUAGUGAACCAGACUAGUUGGAACCUGCCAUCCAGACCUCCUUGUGAGAACAUGGCUGAUUACAUUCCUGUUGACCAUGCGUACUCUGCUGUUUCUGGCGACAAGGAGAACGAUGUCCCCGCCCCUGUUGCUGACCCACAAGUUGUUAAAUUACGGAGAAAGAUCAAAACCUUACAGAAGCAAGUUCUGCGCCAAGGAGUCAAGAUCAAGAGCCUGAAAAAGACACUGGUUGAUUUACGGAAGAACAACAUGAUGGAGAGAGAUCCAGAGCAGGUGAUUGCAGAGCACUGUAGUGGCCUCACUCAGGUUCUGUUCACACAGCAGCUGAAAAAUGGUUACCGGCGGCACAGUGUCACCCAGUACUCCAGCCUCAUGAAGGAGUUUGCUUUGAAUCUGUACUAUGCCUCUCCAAAGGCCUACAAAUUCUGCCGCCUGUUUCUGUGUCUUCCACACCCUGUAUCGUUAAGAAACUGGAAAGCAGCCACUGAGGGGAACCUGGGACCUUCAGCAGAGGAAUGGGCACAUGAAGAACAUGCACCAGGGAUAUCUGCAUGUGAGGGGCAUUUAUUGGAUACUCCAAUGCAGGAAUUUUCUUUGCAAGGGCCAUCAAGUCAAGAGGGACAUUUGCCAGAGGUCACAAUGGAGGAAGGACAUUUGUCAGUGAUUCCAGUGCCAGAGGAACAUUUGUCAGUGAUUCCAGUGCCAGAGGAACAUUUGUCAGUAAUUCCAGUGCCCGGGGAACAUUUGUCAGUGAUUCCAGUGUCGGAGGAACAUUUGUCAGUGAUUCCAGUGUCGGAGGAACAUUUGUCAGUGAUUCCAGUGUCGGAGGAACAUUUGUCAGUGAUUCCAGUGCCGGAGGAACACUUGUCAGUGAUUCCAGUGCCGGAGGAACAUUUGUCAGUGAUUCCAGUGUCGGAGGAACAUUUGUCAGUGAUUCCAGUGCCGGAGGAACAUUUGUCAGUGAUUCCAGUGCCGGAGGAACAUUUGUCAGUGAUUCCAGUGCAGGAGGGACAUUUGUCAUUGAUUUCAGUACAGGAAGGAUGUUUGUCAAUGAUUCCAGUACAGGAAGGAUGUUUGUCAGUGAUUCCAGUGCAGGAUGGACACUCGUUGGUGAUUCCAGUGCAGGAGGAACAUUUUUCAGUAAUUCCAAUGCAGGAGGAAUAUUUGCAGGAAAAAGCACAAGAAUGAACAUUGCUUCAUAAAACAAAACUGCUGUGCUAUCCAGUUUGUUUAAAGGAGACCUACCAAGAGCAUUCUACAAAAGCAACUUUACUGCACAGAAAAUCAAUUCAGUGUUGUCAUAGUGUGGCUCUAAAUUGCAAUCAAUUUCUAUAAUCCAGUUAACUUGAGCAGUGGUAGUUAUGAUAGUCAUUGAUGGGAAAGCUGAUUGGGUUCCAAACAAUGUUUGUGUGGCAAUACUGAAAUGCCACAGUACAUGACAGGUAGUAUUGUCAUGGGGACAUCAGAACAGAGGCUCGGUUACAUGAUUUGCAAACACACAGCUUCAUGAUGGUAGAUCUACAGCUGAAGCGUUGGGCUUCAGGGUAGUGGGAAUGUCGCUAUAAAAGUGAAGUCUCCUUUAAGAAUAUGUUAAAGGCUAUGAACACAUUUGGGGCAUUUUUUUAAGAUUGCAUUUUACUCAUUUUGGGCUAAAAAUAUAUUUUUUAAAUAGGUCUUAUUAACAUUUUCAGCCGUUUUUGAGAUACAGGGGUUAAAAAUCAGUCUGUUUGCAGAGUAUCACUUCUCAUUCCUAUAAGUGACGGCUCAUGUGACGCUCCUGACCUCAGUUUGAUAGUUUUUAUGAGGUCAGGAGAUCAGAUAUAAGGCUUCACAUGAUGGGACUGAGAAGUGAUAUUCUGCAACCAGACUGAUUUUAAAAAUCAUACCCUUGUGUGUCAAGAACGGCUGAAAAUUGUUAAUAAAGACCAACUGAAAACAAUAGUUAUUAGCCCAAAAGGAGUAAAAUGCAAUCAUAAAAAAUUGACUCAAAGGUGUCCAUAGCCUUUCAAGCUUUACUUUUCAUUUUGCUUUAAUUAUAAUUGAACUGAGUAGAAUUAAAGAAGCUUUCCAGAGAGAAUUUAAAAAGAAAGGGCCAAAAAAUGUUACAAAUUACAAAGAAGCAUUACUCAUCUCCACCAGUCACCCACCCCUGCUAUUCCAAUGCUGCUUUGGUCCUAGCUGCUCUCAACCUGAGUGGGCAUUUCAGGCAUGUUAAGCUGGGACAGGUAGUGGAGAGGUGGAGAGCGCGGGGACCAGAGCAGUGUCAGAGUGACAUUGGCAGGGGAUCGGUGGAAGUGAGUAAUGCUUCUUUAUUUUUAACAUUUUCUGACAUGUUUUUUGUUUAAAUCCUCCCCAGGAAACCCCUUUAACAUCUGCUACGGUAACAACGUCAUAACCUCAUCUCAUAUUUUGAAGGAUCUUGCUGUUGGCCAUAGGUCCUGGCCCAGUCUGUCAUGUCCUAUGCAAAUAAACUGGAGAUGUUGCAAUACACUGCACUGGUAUAUGACUGAUGCGCUAGUUUGUGGUGUAAUCCUUAUUGCUUCCCCCUCUCACUGAUGUAAAGUGACUUCUGGAGGCACACAAUUGUUAUUUUGUUUUAUUCACCAAUCCCUAGAUCAGUGGUGGCGAACAUAUGGCACGGGUGCCAGAGGCGGCACUCCAAGCCC